AUGGUGAUCGCGAUCACCAAGUAUCUCGACUGGCUACUGGACAAACUCGAUGUGGUGACAGCCUUUCUCUACGGAGUGAUGAAGGAGAAGUUGUACUGCGUGAUACCAGAAGGCGUCGAGAUGGAUGGCGACUUCGACUGUCUCGAGUUGGUGAAGGCGAUCUACGGUCUCAAGCAAGCUUCACGUGUGUGGAACGAGACUUUCGACGAGUUCGUAUGCUUUAUCGGUUCCGAAGUGUCGGCGUUCGACCCAUGUCUCUUCAUCAAGGUUGUCGACGGUCACUGUGUGCUCGUGCUGGUCUACGUGGAUGACGUGUUGGUCACCGGCAGCUCGCUCGAGUUGAUUGCGCAGACGAAGGCCGACCUCAAGACGCGUUUCGAGAUGACCGACAGUGGCAAGUGUACUUUUGUACUGGGCAUCGAACUGGUGGACGAAUCGGAUGGCAGCGUGACGAUGUGCCAGCGACGGUAUGUCAACGACAUCCUCAAGCGCUUCGGCAUGGAUGAGUGCAAGGCCACAGCAAGUCCGGUCGAUUUGAGCACUCGGCUUGUCGCAAGCAGCGAAGCGGCCAAGAUCGACGUUCCGCUUCGUGAAGCUGUGUGA